AUGGCUUUCUCCUUGAUGACAAAGACCAGUCAUGUUAAACCUGCUGGUAUAUUAAAAUGCAAAUCUCCAUGUUAUGAGCUAAAGAAAUUAAACCUGGAAGUUACUAGUCCUUUCAAAACUGAUGGGCCAUUCAGUAUCAUUUUAGUUGAAUCAACCAGCUGCAUCACUGAGCCUGAGAAUUUAGAUCAAGUCCGCCAUAUUAAACAAGGAAAAAUAAAAAGGUCUGAAGCUGAUAUUCUGAAGAAUACACACAAUGUGGUGCAUGUAGAAGGAUUUUACAGUCAUGAGGACAACUCAAAUGCUGCUAAUGAAUCAUAUUUACAAGAGUUCUUCAGUCCAAUGGAUAUAGUUUUCCUGAUGGGAGAAAGUUCUUCAACCCUCAGUCUUCACUAUCUUCCUUUUAUGCUGGGAAAACGUUAUUGUGCCAUAAUUUUGGUCAAUGAACAGAUUGGGGAAUUUGUGUACCUGGUGGAAGGAACAUGUGGCUUGCCAUUGCCUUCAGGCUUUCUUCCAAUGGAUAGCCCAAAUGUUCUGUGCGUUAGCAGCAUGUUAGAAGGUGAGAGUGAAAUACAGCCAGUGCUUUGUCUGAAAUGUUGUGCUGCUGAUAUGCUUCAAGAAAAGCUGAAGAUCCCCACAACAGCAGAUGUCUGCUUUGGAGUAUGA